AUCCCUCCAUCUAUCGGCCGGUCUACAUGCAUCUCCAUAUGUGACCGUCCAUCGGCCGGUAUGUCGAAAUAAUUCCAUCCAUCCAUCCGGAGAGGCGCCUAUCAGUGUGCCUGAUUCUAUGCUCUCUCUACCUAUGCUACACCACACCCCCAAACACCCUCGGUCUCUCCCUCCCGUCCUUCAUCGAUUCUACUGCCCGUCGACGUCAGGUGCGGCCUCUCCAGCGAUCUCUCGCACAUACGCCGACGGCAAGUAGCCUGCAGGCACGCCGACACACACAUGGUCAUGGUAAUGUGGUGGUUUGUUUGUGGCUUCGCUGCCUGCUUACCCAUCGCAGCGGUGUCGUUGUUCCGGGCGAGAAACCAGCCGUUAUCCGCCACGCUCAAAACGUCCUUGACACACACACACACACACACAUACACACAGAAAGGCACAGCCAGACAGCAAGAGAGACAACAACCAUCCAUCCAUCAGUUGGCACGACGACCGAUGCCAUCCAUCCACGAAUGCCCUUGUGUAUUCUGUGCGCCGUACCCCCAGGUACCAGUAUCUGCCCCUUUUCGAUCUCGAGGCAGCUGUCGCCGGCGUAGUCUUCGCUCUGAGGCCCGUAGUCAUACAGCACCUCACAUCGGAACCUGACGAAGCCGUCGGCACCCGCCCCGCCACCUCCAGUGCCAUGAGCGUUGGCCGACUCUACCACCGCCACUUGUUGCUGCUGCUGCUGGGCGUUGAGCUGCUCGGUGAGGGACUGGAUGCUGGCCUGCAUGGCCUCCUGCUCUCGCUGCUUCUCCUCCCUCAGCUGCUCGAGCUGACGCUGCAGCGCGUUGCGCUCCUCCUGGACCUCAUGCAACCUGAAAACCACACACACCAACAAACAAUGGCGAUGGCGGCGUGAAUCAGUCGGUUCUUGUCUCAUGCUCGAACUCAUGCUGUGCGGUGCAGUAGUCGCUGUGGUCUGCUUCCUGGCUGAGCUGACUGAGGAACUUACUUGGCCUGCAGCUCAAACACCUGGAGACUCAGACCCUGGGUGUGGUUCAUUUGCGCCUGCACGUAGUCCUUCAGAGCGCCGAGCCGCGCAAACACUGGCCCCAAGCUGUCCAGCUGCGCCAGCACAGCUAAUGCAUCCGGUGCAGCCAUCAGCGGCACCGGCACCGGUGCCGGUGCUGGCGGGCCCAUGUGUACGCCGCCCGAUGGGAGCGGUGGGAACCCCUCCGCCCCCGCCACGCCGUUGUGCUGCUGCAUCAUCGCAUGGCCGCCACCACCGCCCUCUCCGGCGUGCUGCUGCUGCUGCUGCUGCUGAUGCUCCUGGUGCUGGUGUGGCUGGGGCUGCAUGGGCACCAUGCUGGUCAAAGCACCUCCAUCUGGCGCCCACAUGGCCUCCCCUGCUGCUGCCGGGCGGGCCGAUGGGUCAUACGCGACCUGAUGGUAUGGUGCCCCGCCCACAGACAUCAUGCAGCAAAGGGUCAGAUCUCGAUUGAUUACCCACAGUGUGGGCUGGGCUGGGCCUUGCCUUUUCACCCACCUACCUCAUGUGCCAGCGAUGAACUGCUGUUGACGUUGGCCUGCUCGUCCUGCUGCAUCUGCACCUCUACCUGCAGCACCUCCACCUGCACCUCCCCCUCCCCCGCCCCAACGGCAUGACUCGCCGCAGCCGAGCCGCCACCGUCACACGCCGUCGACAUGCUGGACGAAUUCGCAUACGUCGGUCGGUUGUCCACAGCUGGCGGCGGCAUGUUCGGCGGCCCCCCAACGCCCACGCCGCCAUUGGGCUUCUCGGGAGGGCGCAUCAGUGGCUUCGGGGGCAGCACCGGCACCUCCUCGGUGGUGGGCGUCAAGUGCUGGUCUGUGGUGGGCGGCGAGGGCCCGACUGGCUCGGGCACUGGGAGUGGCAUCGAGGGCGGUGUGGGUGCGGGGACGGGAGGCGCCUCGUGGGAUGGGGGGACGGACGGCCGGGCGGGGGGCGCCUUAGGGAGAUGUGGCUUCUGCAUGACCUGCGUGGCCUUGGCGUACUCUGCCGCACCUAUCAAACUCUUCUGCACACACAUAACAUGACAAAGCAUAACACGGCACAACGGGAUACAGCGACGUCAUCUAUGGGCACGGUGGUGUGGUGUGGGCUACCAGAUCCGCCAAGGUGAAGUUGCCGAUUUUCAUGUCGAGAUCAUAGGGCCGGAUGUCCUUGACGCUGCAGACCUCGCGGCGCAAAAACAGCAAGGCAGGCCCGUAGACCCUCACCUCGGGCUUCAGCUGACACGAACGGCAAACCACACAGACAGACAGACAGACACGCACUCGUCAGGCACAUAGGCUCCUGUCCCUAUCUUAUGUGCCUGAGUGGCGGGCCUAUUUGCUGCCCGCCUGCCUACUUGGAGCUUUUGUUGUUUGAUGGCCUCUACGACAACUUCUGUGGCAAACUUGUUAAGGGGCCCGCCGCGGUGGGUGUUGAAGACCAAGAUGGGCAGGCGGUCCGACUCGCUGUCCGUAUACCUGCACACACACAUACACGCACACACGCAGCGGCCAUCCUUCCCCUCCCGCUCCGCAUUCGUGUGUGUGUAAGUGGGAAGGGUGGUGUGGUGCUGUCUGGUGUGGCGGGUGGUUGACUCACGCAGGGAAUAUGGUCAGUUCGAUUUGCGAUGGGGUCUUGCCCGACAUGGUGCCAAUUUGCAACGCGCAGGUCCUGCGCCACUCGUCCGGCCCAUUCCGCGGCUGCAGCCACAACGAGAAGGAGGAACACACACAUCCACCCUCGUCUACACAUCCCUGAGCAAGUCCCUGAGCUGCAGGCACGCCUCUCUCGUGUGUUCCAGUCCUCACCCACCCACCUUGACAGAGGGCACUUUGGCAGAUUGGAGAUCCAUCUUGCCCUGCACGGGUGGCACGUUCGGCUGCAGGACGACGUAGGAGAUCGUUUUCGACAUUCUGCAAAUGCGCACAGCACACCUCACCCAGUCACUAACCGCAGCGCAGCCUUCACACAACCACCUGGUGCUGGGGGG